AUGGCGAGGUCUCGAAGGAGUCCAUCAAUGAAGAAUCGUUGGCGAGUCGAAGAGGAUCCGCGCCAGAGACAUCCACAUCAUCGACCGCGGGACGGAGACGGGAAUCGUGAAAGCGGACGACCUCAAUCACCACAUUCUGCACGUCCAGGAGAAGAAGCCGCAGUAUCUUACGGGCGGGGCACGCGGCCAGGUCGCCAUCACCGUGAGCCACGUUGGAAGCGGCAAUUUUCGAGAGACAGAGACUCCAGGAAAUUGCAUGGUAGACAGUCUUCCAUUUCGCCUCCGCCUCGUUACUCCAAACCCAAGCAGCAGCAGCAACACCAUCAUCACCCACCACCUCGAAAAUUAUCUGGAGAUCGACCUGGGAGACGCCGUGAGUUCUCGCCCACCCGAUUACCCAAACGGAGGCGCACUCAAAGCCCAUCUCCCGCCGGCAGCGACCGAUUUGGCUUCGAAGACCACAGACGUGCUCGCAGCCGGGACCCUUCUGAUAUAGACGAUAGGGGUCGGCCGAAUCCUCCAUCUCCUUUACCGCCUAGGGAUUUCCCUCGAUAUUCAUCUCGACUCGGUUCACCCGCCUCGACAUCCCAAGUAGCUGAUCGUGGCAAUUACGAUCCUGCCACUCAAAGAGAGUCUUCGCCUUCCCGCACACGCGAUAAGCGAUCCAUCUCCCCUCGUCCGCCUGCGAGAUUAUCUCCGCCUCGGCGCCCCGAGUCCAAGCAUUCAUCUAUCGAAACUCGAGAAUCAUCCGUGAAUUCGACCCGGCCGCCGCGACGUCCUCUGCCGGCCAAAGGUGGCCCUUCCGCCAAGAAGGACAAUCCCUCCUCGAGAGCUCCUUCCGUUGUCGACGAUACCGUUAACCGCCCCAUGGAUGCCCAAUAUCCAUCACGUGGUAGCUAUGGAAUGAAUCGAGGACAACAAAGGCCAUAUGCCGAAAAUAGACACCAAGGAUAUGGAGGCUCCCCUCCAUAUUCCUCUAACAGCUCCUAUCACGGCUCGCCGCCGCAGAAUUCACCAUAUCAUCAUCAGAGAGGCGGCUGGGGAGGGCAAGGCCAUCAUGGUCCGAUGCACAAUUCCUCUCCUCCAUAUCGACAAAAUAGCUUUUCUGGUCCAGGCGGCGCAAAUAACCCUAAUCCUUACUAUCAAAACCAGCAAGGCCACUACGGGGGUAACCAACACGGCUAUCAACAAUCCUACCGAGGGGGUCGUGGUCAUGGUCCCCACCGUGGGCAUUUCCAACAAGACCAGAGAUUCAACGGCCCCCGUCAUCGAGGUAGAGGCGGACAUUUUAAUAAUUUACAAUGGACAGCACCAGGCCCAAAACAAGGUGGACCGCAAACCCAAAAUUUUCCAGGCGGACAUGGGGAUCAAUCGCAAACAUCUCCAACUCAUUCGCAGACGGCGUCACAGGACGGCCGCGAAGGCGCGCCAGCCGAGGAGGAGAAUCCCUUCAGACCGUCAAAGGAAUUGCGAGUGGAGGAUCAAGGGAACAGCAGGAUCGACAAUACAGAUCAGAACACACAGGGUAAUGACCAACAAGGACCGGCUGCUUCCAAAUUCAGCUUCGCCUUCAAGUCCAAAGCUCCUCCUCAGGCUCCAGCUAAACCUGCUGCAGAUUUUUCAAGACCAAAGGGACCAUUCCAACCUCCAGACAAUCGGCCGCCACCGCCCCAAGGCCCCAAGAACAAACACUUCGACCGCCGUGACGACAGACAUGGAUUUCGGCCUCAUGAUCGGAAAUUUCCGACUUAUCAAGACCGAAGGCCUCCCAACGACCGCCAACAGCAACAGCAGCAUCAGCAACCACCUUCAAGGGAACGCCGACCGGACCGAUCGCGCUCUCCACCUUCGAAGAAGAUCAAAAAAGAGAUCAAGUCUCGGCCUACGUUGCCUCCCGAGUUUGCAGAAUCCGAGUCUAUAUAUUACCGAAAGCCGGGCAACGAGUCUGUUGUGGGCGCAGGUACAUAUGGAAAAGUAUUCAAGGCUAUUCACAUCUACACAAAGGACAAGGUUGCGCUGAAAAAGAUUCGAAUGGAAGGCGAACGAGACGGAUUUCCCAUCACGGCCGUACGCGAGAUCAGAUUAUUGCAACACCUACGACACAAGCACGUGGUGGCAUUGCAAGAGGUCAUGGUGGAAAAAAAUGAAUGCUUCAUGGUUUUUGAGUACCUCUCGCAUGACCUGACUGGACUCAUCAACCAUCCAACAUUCAAACUUACGCCGGCACACAAAAAGGACUUGGCCAAGCAAAUGUUUGAUGGCCUAGAUUAUCUCCAUCGACGGGGCGUGUUGCACCGGGACAUCAAGGCCGCCAACAUUCUGAUCUCUAACACAGGUCAACUGAAAUACGCCGACUUCGGCCUUGCACGAUUCUACAACAAGUCUCGAAAACUCGAUUACACCAAUCGUGUGAUCACAAUCUGGUAUCGACCUCCGGAGCUUCUCCUAGGUGAAACUCAAUAUGGACCCGAAGUGGACAUAUGGUCUGCAGCUUGUGUAUUUGUGGAAAUGUUCACCAAGAAAGCGAUCUUCCCAGGAGAAGGCGGAGAGCUCAGCCAACUCGACAAAGUAUACAACGUGCUCGGAACACCGACUCGAUCAGACUGGCCCGGGAUUGUGGAUCUCCCUUGGUUUGAGCUCAUGCAACCGGUCGAUCGACGAAAGAGGAUAUUUGAAGCCACGUUCAAAGACGUCUUCACGCCCGCGGGUCUUGAUCUUGUGCAGAAGAUGUUCAAAUACGACCCAAAAAAACGGCCCAACGCGGAACAAGUGCUCGGUCACAAGUACUUCACUUCUGAGGAGCCGCUGCCAGAACAGCCAGUGGAGCUUGCGAACGUCGAAGGCGAUUGGCAUGAAUUUGAAAGCAAGGCGCACAGGAGGGAGAACGACAAGCGCGAGAAAGAGCGCAGAAAAGAGGAAUACAUUCGAGAGAAAGAGAAGAGGAAGGCUCGCGAAGCCGGUCUUGCUGAUUUGGCUACAGGCACCGACAAAAAGGCCAAGUUGGAGGAUGAGGCUGCGUCGAAAGGAAGCAUGCCUCCUCCGCCACCCGCAAAUGGUGAUAGCGCUCCUGUAAACACCACGAAUCGAGCGGCAGAUGCGGUGAUGGAGACCACCCCAGAGCAUGAACACGGAGAUGGGGACUCGGAAGGCGAAGACGGUGCGCCCAUGAGCAUGUCGCCCGCCUGA